UUUGGAGUUAAAGAUUUGAUUACCGUUCUGUGCACGAGAUUUUAGCAGGAAACGCGUCGGAUCGCAGUCACACUCCGACCGUGUUUUUCCAAUCGAGAGGAAUGCCAGAUAAAGAUGGUCAGACGUCUUCCUUCCUCUGCCUCCCCACGACCACCAGCAGCAGCAGCAGCACCGGCAGAUUCAGGCUCGCCUAAUUUUCAGAAUACAUCCAAGGGAGUGCCUACUCGGAGCUGCCAACCCCUUUGACUCUGAAGAACGCGAAGACAAUGCUCUUAAAAUGCCACCAUGACUGCAUAUUAAUGUCAUUCCCUGUUGAGCAAGACAAUCUCCAACAUCCCCAUCAAUCCUCUUCCCGAUUGCUCGAUCCCCAACCAAGUCCAGUUGCUAUAUAGAGAAGAAAAAGAAAGAGCGAGGGAGAGCGGAAGGGAGGAGAAAUGGAUGCUAGCCCGCGAUCCUUCUCCAAUAAUCUCUGCUUCCUCCUGCUCUGUGUGCUCAUCUCUAAUCUCCUCACCCUGUCCCUCUUCUCCUCCGACAGCCCCUUCCGUCAGAACACUUCCCGCAGCUUCACUGAAUCCCUCCUCAGGGCCGAGGAAGAGAUAGACCGCCUCCGCGACGAGCUCCGCGCCACCAGAUCCGCGUCCGGUCUACUUCUGCAGCAGUUAUCUCAGUUGGCCUCCUCCCUCCCCAAUGGCACCGCCGAUUCCCCUGAUUCGGCGUCUGACGCCGAAGCCGACCUCCUCCUCCCCAAGGAGUACCUCGAGUUCGUCUCCCCCAAGAAGCUGCCCCUCGGCCGGAAUUCCAACUUCGGGUCAGACCACAUCAACCCACCCGCCGGCCGCGCCUGCGACCAGUUCCCCGAGGACCUCGCCCGUUACAUGAACUACACCGUGGGCGGGCCCUGCCCCGACGACGAGCUCCUCGCCCAGCGCCUCCUCCUCCGGGGCUGCGAGCCCCUUCCUCGCCGGCGCUGCCGCUCUCCGCCCGCCCUUCCUGCCCGUUUCGUCGAGCCGGCCCCCUUCCCCGCCUCCCUCUGGUCGAUCCCCGACGACUCGUCCGUAGUCUGGACGGCCUACGCCUGCAAGAACUACUCGUGCCUCGUGGACCGGAAGAACCAAAAGGGGUUCGACGAUUGCAAGGACUGCUUCGACCUCGGCGGCCGGGAGAGUCGCCGGUGGGUGGGGCCGGUAGCGGAUCUCGACUACUCUAUCGACGAUGUGCUGGCGUACAAGAAGGGGACAGUGCGGAUCGGGCUGGACAUCGGCGGCGGGACGGGGACGUUCGCGGUGAGGAUGAGGGAGCGGAACGUGACGAUCGUGACGACGUCGAUGAACUUCAACGGGCCGUUCAACAACUUCAUCGCCUCCAGAGGAGUGGUGCCGCUGUACCUGUCGAUAUCGCAGCGGCUGCCUUUCUUCGACGGCACGCUCGACAUCGUCCACUCCAUGCACGUCCUCAGCAACUGGAUCCCGACGCGGCUGCUGGAGUUCGCGCUGUUCGACAUCUACAGGGUGCUGCGGCCGGGCGGAGUCUUCUGGCUCGAUCACUUCUUCUGCCUCGAGGACCAGAUGCACGACGUCUACGUCCCCAUGAUCGACGCCGUCGGCUUCAAGAGGGUCAAGUGGACCGUCGGCCGGAAGCUGGACAGGGGCCCCCAGAUGCGCGAGACGUACAUCUCCGCCUUGUUGGAGAAGCCUAUGACGGCCGGAAAGCAGCGCCAGCGCCGGCGCGGCUUUACCUAGCUGAUAAUCCGUCUCCCACGCACUUCCCUCCCUCGCUCACUGCUGCCCAAGAUGAGCCCCCUCCAUGGCUGCUGGGCUCGGUCUAGUUUAUGGGCUACACACCCUUUUUCGAUUCGAACGUGGAAGGUCCUUUCUUCUUGAAGCAGGAAAAAAUUCAGUUCGAUGAAUUAUUUUCUAAUAAUUCGGGCGUUUCUGUUGCUGCAUAUCAGAAAACAGUGUCACCCAAUACCGAUCUGUAUCGGCCAAUCAUCUAAGCGAUACGGGUCGUUCAAACCUUUCCUUUUUUAAUUUAGGUUAAAUUUUUUGUUAUUUUGAGACUAAUGCACUGCAAUUGGGCUAGAUCCGGCAGAGUGUUCAUACAUAUAUAUAUAUAUAUAU